UUCUAACCUCCAUAACCAAAACUCCAAAAAAGCACAUCUCUUUUUCUUGAUUUUUUUCUCAUUCCCAAUUCAUCUCUCAAAAAUUCCAAAUUCUCUCUCCGAUCUAACAAUCCAUUCAAGAAUUUCUGAUCAGGAGAGAGAAUUUAUUUUUAAAAAAAAAAUUGACUAUUUUUGCUGUUUUUGUUCAUCUGGGUUGAUUUGAAAUACGCAUGUGUGUAUUGAUCAAGCUGGGUUUCUCUUCAAAUUCAAAUCUAUUCAUUACUUGCUUUUUAAUUUUUAUUCUACAUUUUUCCCCUCAGAUUUUCGCUUUUUCUGAUUCUAAUUUCAAUUUUACGAGUAAUAAUUGUAGUAUUAACUCGUUAAUACUGAGAUUGUUAUUAAGAUUAAGAUUAUUAACGAUAAAUCUUACUUAAUUUCAUUAAUUUCGAUUAUUUUUUUAUUGGGCUGAUUGUCAAUCAUCGCAUUUUAGCUAUGGAUUCUCAAAACAAGAGUAAUCGCCAGGUCCAAAGAGCUCCUUGCUUCUCAAAUGUUGGACGGAGGAAUGUGGCUUCACCAUCUGUCAUUGUAAUAGGUGGUGGAUUUGCAGGCCUCGCAGCUGCUCGGACACUUUAUGAUGCAUCAUUUCAGGUGGUUGUGCUAGAAUCACGAGAUAGAAUUGGAGGCCGAGUUCACACUGAUUAUUCUUUUGGUUUUCCUGUUGACUUGGGUGCAUCAUGGUUGCAUGGCGUCGGCAACGAGAAUCCUUUGGCACCUCUUAUUGGAAAACUAGGACUGCCUCUCUAUCGUACAAGUGGUGACAAUUCAGUUUUGUACGACCAUGAUCUGGAAAGUUAUGGACUUUUUGACAUGGAGGGUAAUCAAGUUCCCCAGGACUUAGUCUCAAAGGUUGGCGAGAUUUUUGAGAGCAUUUUGAAGGAGACUGAUCAAAUUAGGCAAGAACACAGUGAAGACAUGUCUAUCGGUCGUGCUAUAUCAAUGGUUUUUGAAAGGAGACCCGAUUUAAGGUUGAAUGGCCUUGGUCAUAAGGUGCUGCAGUGGUACCUAUGCAGAAUGGAAGGCUGGUUUGCUGCGGAUGCGGAUACCAUAUCACUCAAGUGUUGGGACCAGGAAGAAUUGCUUCCCGGUGGGCAUGGUCUAAUGGUCCGGGGAUAUAAGCCUGUCAUCAAUACACUAGCAAAAGGGCUUGACAUUCGCUUAGGUCACAGGGUUACAGAAAUUGUUAGACGUUAUAAUGGUGUGAAGGUAACAGUUGAGGAUGGGAGUACUUUUGUAGCCGAUGCUGCCAUUAUUGCUGUUCCUCUUGGUGUUCUGAAAUCAAAUUGUAUCAAGUUUGAACCUAGAUUACCUGAGUGGAAAGAGGCUGCCAUUAAAGAACUUGGUGUAGGAAUUGAGAACAAGAUUAUUCUGCACUUUCAAGACGUGUUCUGGCCAAAUGUUGAGUUCUUGGGAGUAGUUGCAGACAGCUCAUAUGAGUGCAGUUAUUUUCUUAAUCUUCACAAAGCUACUGGCCAUCCUGUCCUUGUUUAUAUGCCUGCUGGGCAACUGGCCCGUGACAUUGGGGAACUGUCUGAUGAGGCUGCUGCUAAUUUUGCAUUUACUCAACUUAAGAGGAUUCUUCCCAAUGCGACUGCUCCUAUUCAGUAUCUUGUUUCUCACUGGGGUACAGACAUAAACUCACUGGGAUCAUAUAGCUAUGAUACUGUUGGGAUGCCCCAUGAUCUGUAUGAAAAGCUUAGAAUACCAGUAGAUAACCUAUUCUUUGCUGGGGAGGCAACAAGUGCUGAUUACCCAGGUUCUGUACAUGGUGCAUAUUCAACCGGAUUGCUGGCUGCUGAGGACUGCAGGAUGCGUGUCCUGGAGCGACAUGGAGAGUUGGAUAUUUUCCAGCCAGUCAUGUAUGAGGAAACACUUAUACCCAUUUUGAUAUCCAGAAUGUAACUCUUAGGUUCCUUUACACGGAUACAUUUUAAUUUAGUCGAGACAUGGGAUUGAGCCAUCACAGUUUGGCUGGCUACUUAGCUCGUUGAAAUCACAGGAUUUCUAAAUGUGUUUUCAGCAUCAGCUAAAGUUGGGUAGCCAUUCCUUGUCAAAGAAUUAGCAUUUCCAGGUGAAUUGGACAAUAGAGGACAUUAUUCUUGUAAUACAGUGCUGUGCAUUGAAGCUUGUGAUGAUACUGGUUCAUAAAACCUUGGCGAAUUGUUGUGUUUAAGAAGAAUUAUCUGAUGAAUUACCUUAUUUAGACAAA